AACUACUCGACACAGAAGAUUCAUUUUUAUACGCCAUUUAGUGUAGAUUGUAAUGCUGUGAAUUUACAUUGAAACGUAUCAUAGCAAUACAUUUCCGUAAGAGAAUAUUAUGAAUAAGGUAAUCACAGCUGGGAAGCCUUUUCAACCAAACCAGCUCCCUCCUCAAAUGAUCACGACCCAGAAGUCUGUGCUUCAGGGACAAGCUGCUUCGUUCCCUGGGUAUGCAACGAUUCCAACUACGACAAAUCAGACGCUGGUAAUCAGCCAGUUGGGUGUAAUAAGUAACCAGCCGAGCAUCUUACCUGCCCACUCUGCCAGUACAGGUGCCAAACCUACUGACAUGCAGAAGGUAGAUAUUACUGCAUCAUCUCAUGUUUCUAACAUUAACAAUUACCCGGUGUCCUACGUGAGGGAUUAAAUGCAAGCGGUGCGAGUUGUGUGGGUGAAGCGGAAAUAUCAA